CGCAGAGCGCAGAGUGUGUCUGAGGUCGGACUACAGGGAGAUAACACAGCUGCACGGACCCCAGAAAGCGCAAGUGGAUGGGGGAAAAAGCCUUGUGGAAUAGAGACAAAUUGACCACGGCGCAGAGAUUAAAAUAAAGCUAAAGAGGAGGGAUGCUUGAAUGACACACGGGGUAAUGAAGAGUAUGAUUGAGAGUUUUGAUGGAGAAUUGAGAAUAUUUUCCAGAAUGGUACGGAUUUGCGCCCAAGUAAUUGCCCAUUUUGCAAAGAUGACAUAGCGCAUGAGAAAAUGGGAUUUCUUCAGGAACAGAACUCACUCACGACUUGAAUUUAAUAUAUAUAUAUUAAAAGGGAUUCAAUAACAAUUGGAAUUAGAUUUUUUUUUUGCAUCUUUUUAUCUCUACGUUUACUUGAUCAGUUGUGAGUGAAUGCAACAUGAAUCUGGGCAAAGCUCUCCUGUUUUUCCUCCUUUGCAACUGUGUCACAAUGACUUUCUCACUGUCCACUUGCACCACUGUGGAUAUCGACAACAUCAGGAAAAAGAGGAUGGAGGCAGUGCGCGGACAGAUUCUGAGUAAACUCCGGAUGACCAGUCCGCCUCAGACAGCGGGGCCGACCCAGGUACCCUUUCAGGUUCUGGCCCUUUAUAACAGCACCAAGGAGCUCAUCGAGGAGCUGGGAAGAGACCGGCAGCAGAGUUGCGGACAGGAUAGCACAGAGACUGAGUACUACGCCAAAGAGAUUUACAAGUUCAACAUGAUCAAUGUUUCACCUGAAAACAACGACCUCUCCUACUGCCCUAAGGGCAUCACCUCCAAGAUAUUCCGCUUCAACGUGUCACUCAUGGAGAAGAACGCCACCAACUUGUUCCGAGCCGAGUUCCGGGCCCUGCGGAUCCCCAACUCCAGCGCCAAGAGAAACGAGCAGAGGAUUGAGCUCUACCAGAUCCUGCAAAAAGACGACCCCAAAGCCAAACAGCGCUACAUUGGGGGCAAGAACGUCCUGACCAAAGGGACGCCUGAAUGGAUCUCCUUUGAUGUGACGGAGACAGUGAGGGAGUGGCUCAUGUACCGACAAACCAACCUGGGCCUGGAGAUCAGCGUGCACUGUCCCUGCCACACCUUCAGACCCAACGGAGAUAUCAUCGAAAACACCAACGAGGUGCUGGAGGUCAAGUUCAAAGGUGUGGAGGCGGAGUACGACGAUCCUAGCCGGGGGCCCAAAAAGCAAAAGGAGCAACUGUACCCUCACCUUAUCCUCAUGAUGCUGCCUCCGCACAGGCUGGACGCCCACUCCUCCUCCCGGAGGCGCAAGAGGGCACUUGACACCAAUUACUGCUUCAACAACUAUGAGGAGAACUGCUGCGUACGACCACUAUAUAUUAAUUUCCGGAAGGAUUUGGGUUGGAAGUGGAUCCAUCAGCCUGAAGGGUACUAUGCUAACUUCUGCUCUGGUCCCUGUCCUUACCUCCGCAGUGCAGACACCACCCACAGCUCGCUCCUGAGCCUCUACAACACGCUGAACCCGGAGGCGUCUGCUUCACCCUGCUGCGUUCCUCAGGACUUGGAGCCCCUCACCAUCCUGUACUACGUGGGUCGCUCCCCGAAAGUGGAGCAGCUCUCCAACAUGGUCGUGAAGUCCUGCAAGUGCAGCUGAAAGUGCAGGGCGUCGAGCCCCGACGAGAUAAAGGACGAGACGGCUCGCGGCACUACUCUGAGGCAGGCGGAAAAGUGGGGUACAGUCCUUCCAGACCCGCCCGACUCUCGUGAAACUAAAGUCCACCACUCUGCCCACAAUUAUUGGCAGCAUUUACUAAGACUGAUAGGACACCACUUUAUCAAGAGUGCUCUAAAACCCCUAAGCAUUGCCUUUUGUCAUCAGUAUUACUGUUUUUUUUAUUUUCCUGUGUUUUGAAAAGCCUGUAACUCUCCCAAAUAAUGGUAAUCAAAGCCUGUUUUUUUAUGGAAAGAGGAACAAUGUUUGUCUUGCUAUGACCAAUCUGAAGGACCUAAAAUAAUAAUGGCGUCGGGACUGAGGACACAGAAGAAGCUCAGCAUGUGUCAAAGAUGAGGAUGACCGGUUUGCAGAGGACGCAUUGAAAAAUGUCCCAGCUGGAAGCUGAUGCUGUAAACGCCACAGUUCUAGACCGCCUAGGAUUUAAUGCUGUCAAUAAUAAAUGAAUAAAUAAAGGACAAUAGGAAAAGAAAACAUGCUGGAAACCAAUAUGUCUUUCAUUGUAGUAUUUUCAUGGUUAUGUUUACCUCUGUAGCACAACAGGAUGUUGAUUCCAGGGAUUUCAUUCAAGUGAAAAGGCCUUUCUGUUGUAUGACAUGUCUGUCACUAAGUGAACUCCAUCACAAACUGUAAAUGUUUUUAUUACUCUUGGAAACACCCUCUUCUUUUUUUUUUUUUUUUAUUAAAAAUACAAACGA